GGGGGUCAGUCAAGGCUCCUGGCGGCUCAGCUGACUCCUCAAGGCAGUACUUGCAGAAAGCAAUCACGGCCAUGAUGAACUACCAUACCUCCAAGCUCGACCCCUUAACGACAGGCCACUGUUGACCCUUCCAAGUCCUGGGCUUUCUGUCUUCACUCAACCUCGUACCCAACAAAACCUCUCAACCCACAAAACGACGGCAGGCCCUGUGAUAAUAUUGCAUGCCAUCAUGUCCACCCUUUCGAUUCAGCCAGACCUGACCUGGGCCGAUUUCGAACCACAAAGGGACUGCACACUUGCAGAGCACUAUAUCCUAGACGAGUACGUUCAUCUCAGCCACAGACAAAAUUGGACACCUACCGACGAGGAAAAAUGGGUGUACUAUGAAGCAUGGAUCCCGACAGAUUCGAUCACCAUCAAUGUCACGUUUGAAUCAUUCCUCGAAUGGUCUCAAACCAGCGAUUGGUAUCUUAUAGAUGGGCCACUCCAGACGCAGUGUGUGGAAGAAUACUGUGGAUACUUCCGUUGGGAAGCGGAUGCGAAUAUCUUGGGAGUGGGCGUCUUCGCAAGCUAUGCUAUGCAAGUGAUGGUCACAACGCUUCUCAUCAUCUUCUGUUUGGCUAUCGAGCUGAGGAAAUCCCACGACAAGACUUCUCGCUCCAUCCCCCCCAUGCCUAUGCCCUUCUUGAAAGGUUCGAGACAGGGUUUUCGAUCUAUGAGGCACUGAAACAACGGCUGUUGAGACAUUUCUUGCCGUCCUUUGCUGGCUACUCUAUCUGCCUGGGCUUUGCGACGUACGCGAGAAGCUUUGCCCUCUUGGACCAAAAUUUGCACGCGUUUUGGACCCCUGCAAUGCUGGGUUCUAUCGUCACAAUUACAUCGAUACUGGCCAUAUGUCCUUGGUUUCCUGGUAAACGUAUUUUUGAUUGCUUCAUAACCAGGUUGUAUUGGCUCCUAUCCACCUUGGGCUUGUUCACAAUGAUUUCGAUCAUGAGCGUGUUCGAAAUCUCGAUGAUGCUACAAGGGAGAGGAGGAUUCUCUGGGAAGCGUACAGAGUUCUGUCUCGCUUACAUCACAUCACGGAGAACCAUCUGGGUGUUUAUGCUGACGAUAUACGGAUCUCUCGCUGGAAUAUUGCUGCUUAUGUGGGGAACGUUCGCCAAAUCACCCAUCGAACCCUUUCUGUCGUCCUGCCUGCGUGCGCUCUGGCGCAGUGUCACUGGGUCAUCAUCUCCUCGGGCGAGGACCGCUGUUUCGGU